AUGGCCACUGGUCAACUGGUCGUGUCAGCGUGUCUUUUGGGUGCUGCGGCGGUUAGUGCUGCCUUGCUGCUACUCUUUCGUCCGAAGGGCGGAAAGAUAGCACUCGCAGAAGACCAGGAGCGCGAAGAUGAUCCAUUUGACGUCCCACCUUCUGAUGACGUGGCGGAUACGCACGCCGUCGAUGGCGAAAGAUACAAGUUGAACCUCAAGUACCUCAAGUUGGCACUGGUUGCUGUACUUGCUUGCAUCACGGCUCUUGAAGUCGUCACACUAGCUCUACUGGUCGAGCUACGAUCGGAGGCAGACGUCGUUACUCCCGUCUUUCAGCUUCUCUUCGCACUUUACCUAUUGACACUUGCCUGUCUGUCGCUAUUCGAUCGCACGGGAAACUGGCACAUCGGAACUAUUAUCACGCUCUCUAUUUUGGCGCCCACUUCCGUCCUCGUGCACUUGAUCUCAAUUAUUCUGUGGGAGGACGACGCUACAAAUGUAGCCAAGGCGAUACACUUUACAGUUUUGGCACUGUACUUGGUGGCCUCAGCUAUAGCGGUUUUCGCUCCCCUCGGGCCCAGACUUGCUUCCUUCUCUGAUGGCGCUGAGCGUAAGCUUAGCGGCGCCGUUGGCGCCUCCGCAUUUGGCAACUUGCUCGUCUCCUAUGCAAAGGAAGUCGUCAAGAUCGGAUCCGCGUCUGCGCAAAUGUCGGCAAAGGAUCUACCUAUCGUUCCACCGACAAUCAGAGCGUUCUUCAAUGCGCACGCUAUGCGUCAAGCCUCUCAAGCCGCCACCAGAGCAUCUCAGCGUGUGCUACUGUGGACGGUUCCGCCCGGUGGCGCGCUCGAGCUCACUCAUCGGCUCAUCAAACUAAACUUCGGCGGCUUCGUCACCUUGGCAGCACUCUCGACGGGAUGCGGAUUCAUUUACUACUUCCCAUAUUACUUCAUCCAAGGUCUUAUUCGCUAUCUUGAGCUUGAUCCGGGGCGCGAGAACAUUGUUCGUGGCGUUGGAUGGGCAAUUGGAUUGUACCUCUCCACUGCGUCCGUGUAUCUCCUGACCAAUCAGUUAUGGGUACAAGGCUAUAUGCGCCUACACAUCCGCAUUCGCCUUCAACUGAACUCCCUGCUGUAUGCGAAGACCCUGGUUCGCAAGGAUGUCGUUUCCGCGAGCCAGUCGUCCUCGGAGGACGACCCGGCGACCAGCGCAUCCGGCGAAGAGUUUACCGGCAAGGCGCAAGUGAUGACGCUCGCGACUACAGACAUCGAGCGCGUCGCUAACCUGGUGCUGAACCUCUACGAGCUCAUCGACGCACCCCUGGAGAUCUUGGUCGGCACACUCUUCCUCUACCGUCUCCUCGGCAUCUCCGCCUUCAUCGGCAUCGGCAUCACCUGCGUAUUCAUUCCUCUCAAUCACUUCGCCGGAACCGUCGUCAUGGGCGCGCAGACGAAACUGAUGUCAUCGCGCGACCGCCGCAUCUCGCUCAUGAACGAGGUGCUCGGCGCUAUCCGCAUGGUCAAGUUCAUGGCGCUCGAACGCAACUUCGAAGAUCGCGUUCUUUCCGAGCGCGAGACGGAGCUGAAGUACCAGAAGCUCAGCUACACCAUUGAGCUCAUGUUCAACGCGGUGUGGUCAGCAUCGCCGACUUUUGCGGCCAUUGCUGCUUUCUUACACUAUGCGGUGAUUCGCGGUGAACCUUUAACACCGGCUGUCGCAUUCACCUCAAUCGGCAUCCUCGACGAGAUGAAGUUCUGCCUCGCGAUCCUCCCGGACACGAUGAUCAAGAUCUUCCAGGCUUCGGUCUCCCUUCGGCGCCUGGCGCGGUACUUGCACAGCGUCGAGGUACCUCUCAAAAACCUCAGACGCGACACGUCGGUCGGCUUCUCCAGCGCGACCGCGACCUGGCCCUCGGCCUCCACCGGCUCGUCUUCCGGCUCAUCAACACCUCGUGGGAAGUUCUCUCUUCUGGACUUGAACGCGACGUUCCCGGCCGGAGAGUUGACGCUAAUAUGCGGCAAGCUCGGCAGCGGAAAGACACUUGCACUCCUAACUCUGCUUGGCGAAGCAGACAUCUUGGCCGGCGAUGUUAUGUGCCCACGCUCGUCUGCCGAUGCUCUCGCCAACAUGUCGGACGAACUUGCUCGCAUAGGCGACUGGGUAGUGGACGGAAUAUGCGCAUACGUCCCUCAAACAUCCUGGCUUCGCAACGCUAGCAUCAAAGAUAACAUAUUGUUUGGCUUGCCUCUCAACGAGGAGCGCUACAACAAGGUGCUUUACGCCUGCGCGUUGCUAGCAGAUUUGAAGAUCUUGGAGGACGGCGACGAGACCGAGAUCGGAGAGCAAGGGAUCACUCUCUCAGGCGGUCAGAAAGCACGAGUUUCGUUGGCUCGUGCCGUAUACUCGCGGGCCUCGAUUCUGCUCUUCGACGAUGUACUGUCUGCCGUCGAUGCGCACACGGCGAACCACAUCUUCAAGAAGUGCUUGAAGGGGGACAUCAUGCAGGGUCGAACUGUUGUCCUCGUCUCGCAUCACGUUCAGCUGUGCGCUCCGGGCGCAGCAUUCGUUUUGGCGCUGGACAACGGGCGCGCGGCUUUUGUCGGAAGUGGCGAUGCAUUCCGUGCUUCCGAUUCCUACGCCAGCUUUGCGGCCGUUGAAGCUACUUCGAAGCCGGACGAAGAUAAAGCCACGCCGGCCGUUGAAGAUGAAGACACCGUCACGGAUGCUGUCUUGAAAGGCAACGAGGAAGAGAAGGUGAAGACACCCCGAAAACUGCAGGAGGAAGAAGCUCGUCAGCUUGGGCGAGUCAAGAGCGAUGUGUGGACCAUGUACCUCGCAGCAUGCGGCAGUUACAUCUACUGGACCAUCUUCGUCGUGGGCUUCGUGGCCGCGGCGCUUAGCCGCGUCGCGGAGAUUGGUUGGCUGACGGUCUGGACGCGAUCCACGGGUGAAGAGCAUGGAGCCCGGCACUAUGUCACCGUAUAUGCGAUUAUCUGCUGCAUCGGCAUUGUGCUCACCACUUCGCGCCUCUUCAUCGCCUACGACGGAUCAAUACGUGCAUCGCGCACCCUCUACGCUCGUUUACUCGACAUCGUUCUGUUUGCAACCACUCGUUUCCACGAUACCGUUUCGCGCGGGCGACUCCUCAACCGCUUCGGAAAGGAUUUCGAGGGUAUCGACAGUAGCCUGGCCAACAACUUCGCGCUCGUCAUCGUCACUGCUUUAUCCGCAGCUACUACGUUCGUGACUAUCGGCGUCGUGGGAGGCGCGCCAUUCGUGAUCUGCGCAGUUUUGCUGUAUUCUUUGUACUGGCGCUCGGGCAUCCUCUAUGCAAACACCUCCCGAGAGCUGCGCCGACUGGAAUCAGUCUCCCGCUCCCCAAUCUACUCUCUGUAUGGCGAGACCAUCGCUGGCGUGACAGUCAUUCGUGCAUUCGGCGCGUCUACCAAGCUGUACAAGGACAUGCUUCGUCUUAUGGAUACGAACAUCAACCCUUACUACUGGAUGAGCGCCGCAAACAUGUGGAUCGGCUGCGAGUUCAAUAUGAUCUCGUCCGCUAUUGUCGGCGCAGCCGCUCUUGCCGCUGCCCUCACUUCCAGCAUUGACGCUGCAAUGGCAGGCUUCAUCCUUGCCCUGGUCCAGAAUCAAGCGUACGAUGCGCUUAAACUCGUGCGAUGCUUCGCUACACUCGAACAGUCCAUGGUUGCGCUUGAGCGUGUCAAAGAGUACCUCGAGCUCCCGCAAGAGUCUCCCGCGAUCGUGGAGCCUCGCCCGCCUACUGAUUGGCCAUCAUCCGGGCGUAUCGAGUGUCGCAACCUCGUUCUGCGCUAUGCGCCCGAGCUUCCUGAUGUUCUGCACAACUUGAGUUUCUCCAUCGCUCCAGGAGAGAAGGUCGGAAUUUUGGGCCGUACAGGCUCUGGAAAGAGCACACUUGCUGUGGCGUUCUUCCGCUUCGUAGAAGCUCAUUCGGGUUCGAUCAUCAUCGAUGGCCAAGAUAUCGCUCGGAUCGGCCUGUCUGACCUGCGCUCGCGCAUCACUAUCAUCCCCCAGGAUCCGACCAUCUUGAGCGGUACCAUCCGUAGCAAUCUCGACCCCUUCGGCGAGCACGACGAUGCAGCACUAUACGAAGCAUUGCGCCGCGUGCACCUUAUUCCAUCCGAGAGUGGCCCGCCAGAGGAGGCAAUGAACGAGGAGAACGCCAAUGUGUUCAAGAGCCUCGACACGCCCGUCAUGGAAGGUGGAGACAACUUCUCGACAGGCGAAAAGCAGCUGCUGUGCAUGGCGCGUGCUAUCUUAAAGCGGUCCAAGGUGCUCAUCAUGGACGAGGCCACAGCCAGCGUCGACUAUACCACCGACGCACUCAUUGGCGAGACCCUCCGCCAUGCCUUCUCCCAGAGUACGAUCUUGACGAUCGCUCACCGCUUGCGUACUGUGGCGGACUAUGACAAGGUCAUGGUGCUGGAUCAGGGUAAGCUGGUCGAGUUUGGCGCACCUGCGGCCCUUUUGCGCGACACCAACUCGCACUUCUACAGCAUGUGCGCGGCCGCAGGGAGUGCUGAGUUGGCUGCUAUACAAAGUAUGGCUAAAGACAGCGCGUAA